AUGGGGGAAAGCAUGUGGUCCCUUUGGCGCGCUUGGAGCGUGUUAGCUUGCGCCUGCGCAGUGGCGGCGCAGCGUAUAGACCAGGACGCCAUCAUGUCGCCGCGCCCUGCCCGUCUGCGGGACCUGCGGCAAGACACCAAGACGGACGAACCGACUUGCGAUCAACUGAAGGCAAUGUGGAGAUUCUCGAAGCGACAAGCUCGAGCGCCGGAGAUCAUGAAUGAAGUGAGUUCCUCGUACCGUGAUCCGUUGAUGUACAACGAGUGGCCUGUAUACACCGCAAUACCCAGAGCCGCGCCCAGGUUCAGAUACCGGUACCCAGCGCUACCCCGUGAGGAAUUCGGCAGAGUUAUAACCAAGGCACCUCCCAACGUCGUCCGCACUCCAGAUUAUGAUGAGAUGUUCGGCAUGCUAAACGUGCCUCAUACAUCGGGAAAGAUCCUGCGAUACCCUGGACCGUCACGACCUCGAGGUGCAUCUACCUUCAUGGUGCCUCCGCAGCGCGACAGGUUUGAAGCUCUGAAGAAACUGAUUCGCCAAGAGCAUGUGCGUGAGCUGCAGAGAAAAUAUGAAGCUGAACAGAAGCAGGAGCUCAAGGACUUGACUUCUGGACGAAGUGAUGACUACGUCUACGGAUCGUAUGGCGAACAGGAGCCUCGAGGCCUGCAGCCACUGCAGAUGGAGUACCCUGCCGAUGAACCAACUUCCAGGCAUAGCAAGAAACCACCGGCUGGUAGUCGCCAGAUCUCGCAGUUCUCGCGCUACUCCGACGUGAUGCUGCCACCGGCCCGCCGCGCUAUCUACCACCCUUACUUAGACUACGCAGCCCCGGAAUUCGUCCCCUACUACUGA